AAAUGGAGCAAAAUCCUAAAUUCUCCGAUUUUUCCGGCAGAUUCUUUUUCAUUACCGUUACACUUGAACCCUAACUAUAUAAAGGGUAGAUGGUGUUUUGUUUUUCGCUGUUUCUUUGAGUAAUUUUUUGCAUGCAUUGCCUGGGGCAAGGCGUCCUGUUGAUUAGUUUUUGAGUAGAUGAUUUCAUCAUAGAGAGUUUGUGCAGUUUAUUUUGUUUGAAAAGGUACUAAUUAGGGGUUGUAACAAAUGGAAGUUUCUAGUGUAAAUCAUGAACUGAGGCAUCGUAAAUUGACCCCGCUUAGGGUGAUUAGGGGUCUGAUAUGCUUGCUAGUGUUACUUUCAACAGCUUUUAUGAUGAUAUUGUAUUGUGGCUUUUUUAGUACUGUUGUAUUGAGGCUUUUCAGCGUACAUUACAGUCGAAAAGUAACAGCUUUCUUCUUUAGUUCUUGGCUAGCUUUAUGGCCUUUUCUAUUUGAGAAAAUAAACAAAACCAAAGUCAUUUUUUCUGGAGAUGAUGUUCCUGCAAGGGAACGUGUUUUGCUUAUUUGCAACCACAGAACCGAGGUUGACUGGAUGUAUCUGUGGGACCUUGCAUUGAGGAAAGAUUGCCUGGGAUACAUAAAGUACAUACUCAAGAGCAGCUUGAUGAAAUUACCUGUAUUUGGUUGGGCAUUCCAUAUUUUGGAGUUCAUCCCUGUGGAAAGGAAGUGGGAGGUUGAUGAGGCAAACAUGCGCCAGAUGCUUUCAACAUUCAAAGAUCCUCGGGAUCCUCUUUGGCUUGUAAUCUUUCCUGAAGGAACAGAUUUCACUGAUCAGAAGUGCUUAAGAAGUCAAAAAUAUGCAUUUGAAAAUGGCUUGCCCAUCCUAAAGAAUUUGCUGCUUCCAAAAUCAAAGGGUUUUAAUGCCUGCUUGGAAGAUUUGAGGAGCACUUUGGAUGCAGUUUACGAUGUGACCAUUGGAUAUAAGCAUCACUGUCCAUCCUUCUUGGAUAAUGCCUUUGGGGUUGACCCUUCCGAAGUUCAUAUUCACAUCAGACGCAUCACCCUGGAUGAUGUCCCGAUGUCUGAAAGGGAAGUAACUGCUUGGUUAAUGGAUACAUUCCAACUUAAGGAUCAAUUGCUUUCAAAUUUCAAGUCCGAAGGUUAUUUCCCUCCACAUGGAACAGAAGCGAACCUCUCUACAUUCAAGUGCCUCGUAAACGUUAUGCUGGUGCUCAUCUUGACUGGUGGAUGCACAUUUUUAACUAUUUUCUCGUCCAUUUGGUUUAAGAUUUUCGUAUCCUUAUCUUCGUCCUAUAUGGUUUCUGCCACUUAUUUCAACAUCCGUCCGGAACCAAUCUUCAACUUUGUCAAAACUAGUGUUUAAACCAAGUUUUUCUUCCAAUUCCUUUUAUCAUGCAAACUUGAUAGCUAUUCAUUCAUAAGCAGCAUCGAGAAGUGCUUGCCGGAAAACUUCAUUCAAUAUGGCUUCCAGCAUCACCUGAAUGUGGAGGUUCAUGUUGGGAGCUUAAAUAUCCCGUGCCACGUGGUUAUACUACAUGAGAAAAGAGUCACGACGGAGAAUCCAUCCCGUUAAAAUCUCGAGUAUGUUCUAUUCAGAUAUCAAUGUUGUUGUAGGGCGUUAUGUACUGAAAGUAUAAUUUUAGGCUCGAACUUCCAAUAACUGUACGGAAUCUCUUGAUAAAAUGCU